GAGCUCAGAAGAGCCAAUGACCGGAUCAAAGAGCUGCAGGACACGGCAUCCACAGAAGCUGAGGCUCGCUCCACAGAGCAAAAAGAAGCUUUGGCCAACAUUGAGGAGCUGACAGAACAGGUCUCCAAGUGGCAGGCAGAGCAUUCCGCAGCCGUAGAGAGGGGUGACUCCUUGGAGGCUAAGGGCAAGGCAGACGUGGAGAACUUGACAUCGCAGCUGGAACAGCUUCAUGCUGAGCUGGCAUCUGAGUUGGCAGGAAGAGCAUGGGAUUCUUCCAAGGCAGCUGCUGAUGCCGAGGAGCUAAAUGCCACAAUCAAGCGUCUGCAAGAUAGUGCCAGCAGCGCAGCUGAGGUGCAUUUCACCGAACAAAAGGAAGCUUUGGCCCAAAUCGAAGAGCUGACAGAACAGGUCUCCAAGUGGCAGGCAGAGCAUUCAGCGGCCGUAGAGAGGGGUGACUCCUUGGAGGCUAGGGGCAAAGAAGACAUGGAGAAGUUGACAUCACAGCUGGAGCAGCUACGCGCAGAGCUUGCAACCGCACAGGAAGGAAGGGCAUCGGAUGCUUCCAAACCAGCUGCAGUCGCUGAGGAGUUGACUGCCAGCAUCCAGCGUUUGCAGAAUGACCUCUCUGAUGGAGACGUCGCAAGGGAAACCUUGCUCAAAGAGGCCACCGACAAGGCAAUCAACUCGUCUGAGCAGCUGGAUGACUCGAAGGCAGAGCAUGCUAAAGCUGUUCAUGCUGCGCGCAUCGCUGCUGAGGAGGAGCAGAGGAUCGCCGCGGAGCGAGCAAGGGCAGCCGACGUGGCUCGCAAUUCUUGCAGCCAAGUAUUGGAGGUGGCAAGGAGGGAAGCGGACAAGCAGGCAGCAGAAACAACAGCAGAAGCUGCAGCUGCGGAAGUUGCACGUCGCGAAGAGGCUGAGCGCUUGGCAAGAGGGCAGGCUUUGGCAAAGGAAGCAGCACACAGAACAGAAGCAACCAGACUGGCCGCAGAGCGGGCUACAGCUGCAGAAGCCGCGCGCAUAGCUUGCUCGCAAUUUCUGGAGGCGGGGUCGGCAAAAGCUCAAGCACAGAAGCAAGCAGAAGCAGAGCGAGCAGCAAUGCUUGCGCGUCAGCAAACAGAAGAGCAAAUGGUUGAGGAGCGAAGGUUAGCCGCAGAAGCCGCGCACCAAGCCUGCGGCGAUUUUCUGCAAACCGCGCAGGCAAACGCACAGAAGCACCUUCAAGAUGAGGCCAAAGCCCAGCAAGUCGCGUGGGAGCGUGCGCAGGCUGAAGAAGCGGCACGCAAGCAGGAGCAGGAGGCUGCGCGUGUGGCCCAGGAGCAGGCUCUGCUUGAAGAAGCCACGCCGAAGGAGGAGGAGGCUGGAGGGCCAGGGGGCAUCCUUCACUUGCACCCUUCCCGGCAUUUCAUCGAUGCACAAGGUGGAAUUCGAAUCAUGUAA